AUGACGUCGAAACAUCUUUUCAUGCUAUUGUUGGCUCUAUUUGCGAGUACAAUAGCUCAAAGUGACGAUGAAUUACACAUUCCUGUUGAAAAUGACAAUCAGUUUCCUCCCGACAAUCAUCCUGAAGCUGACGGCAGCGCUAUAGAGGGUAGUGGGGCAGGAAUUAUCGAAGAGCCACUUGAAGCGAGUACUGGGACAUCUGCGCUAUUACUAGACGAUGCGCAAUUGACGUCUUUAACAAACAUCGUACCAGUGGUCGAAGCAGAAGAACACGCUUGUCCUAAACCAUGUGUCUGCAACAUAGAGGGAGACACAAACAAGUAUAUCGUGGAUUGUUCUGGAUACGAACUAACAGAAUUACCGAAACCUUUGGAUCCUAAAACUACAGACCUUAACCUACAGAAUAACAAGAUAACUGAAAUACCAAAAGAGAUUUCUGAAUUGAAGAACUUGAAAGUACUGAAUGUUAACAACAACGAAAUCAUGAAGAUUGAUUCUGGUUCUAUAAGUGAACUACCUGAGCUAACGAGCCUGAAACUUGGAAACAACAGACUUUUAGAAUAUCCGCAAGAUCUAAAGAAUGGUUUUGGUCUAACUAAAUUAGAAGAACUUGAUUUAGGAGGCAACGACAUGAGAACGGGUAUUAAGCCGGAAUCGUUUACUAACUUCAAAGCUCUUCGCUCACUAACGUUACCAACUACUGCAGCUAAUCUUGCAGAGGACUUGUGUGCGGCAAUGAAAGAAUCUUUAGUAUCCGUGUGUACCGGAACAUGUAAUGAGAAAACGUUUGAAUGUCCUGAUGCACCACAAACUUCAGAUUUAGAAGAAGGUUUACUGGACUUCGCAUUACCAGGACUUAUCGCUAUGGAAGCCACACCCGAUGAAGAUGCCGGCGAUCCAGCUGUAAAUUCCCCACCAGAAGUGCAUGUGAAUAAUGAGACAAAGUCAAAUGUACCAGCUGCGCCAGAGGUUAACGUAGAAACGACACCACAGACCCCAAUCGCUAACGCACCAGACGCCACGAACUCAGUUGGAGAAUUUUCACUUCGAUCUGCAAUUAUUAAAACAUCUGACCAACCACCAGAAGCAGAGUCUAGUAGCACAGCACCUGCUAAACCAGAAAGUGAAGUAGUUGGUGCUACGACUUCAGGAUCAAAAACGGGUGGCGUUGACAAAAGCGUGAUCGGAAUGAUUGUCGCUGGAAUGGUUCUUGUGGUGGCAGGUAUAACAAUUAAGAAAAAUUGGAGUUCCAUUAGGAACAGAUUCAGCAGUUCACCAUCAAGAAAUGCAAAUGACAGAGCAAAUGUUAAUGCAAACGGAACUGCGCCUGAAGAAGUCCCGCUGCAGGAGAAAUCUCCUGUGUAA